GAAGAAGAAGCUCCGUUUGUAGCGGCAAUGAAAGGACAGCGUGUUACUUCCAAUUCGAGCAAAACAUAAGUAAAGUGUACACUUUAGCGUUAUUAACUGUCAAGCACAGAGCGAGCAUAAUUCAUUGUAAAGAAGAAACUAUUCGGACUGCGUCGGGAAGAUGUCUUUGGUUUGUGCAAUCUCCAACGAGGUGCCGGAGCACCCGUGCGUGUCCCCGGUGUCCAACCAGGUGUUUGAGCGCAGGCUGAUCGAGAAGUACAUCGCAGAGAAUGGAACAGACCCGAUGAACGGACAGCCGCUGUCCGAGGAGCAGCUCGUAGAUAUCAAAGUGUCCCAUCCUAUUAGACCAAAGGCUCCAUCAGCAACGAGUAUCCCAGCCAUUCUCAAGUCACUUCAAGAUGAGUGGGAUGCUGUUAUGCUCCACAGUUUCACCUUGCGGCAGCAGCUGCAGACCACUCGUCAGGAACUUUCACAUGCCCUCUACCAACAUGAUGCCGCCUGCAGAGUCAUUGCUCGACUCACCAAAGAGGUCACUGCUGCAAGAGAAGCCCUUGCCACACUUAAACCCCAAGCUGGACUGGUUGCUCCUCAGGCAGUUCCUGCCUCUCAGCCAACUGCAGCAGGUGCUGGUGGAGAGCCUAUGGAGAUUAGUGAACAAGUGGGAAUGACCCCAGAGAUCAUCCAGAAGCUCCAAGACAAGGCUACUAUCCUCACUACAGAGAGAAAGAAGAGAGGAAAAACUGUCCCAGAGGAGCUGGUUAGAGCUGAGGAUCUCAGCAAAUACCGCCAAGUGGCCUCCCACGCUGGUCUUCAUAGUGCCAGCGUGCCUGGUAUUUUGGCUCUGGAUCUGUGUCCCUCAGACACCAACAAAGUGCUCACAGGUGGAGCUGAUAAGAACGUAGUGGUGUUUGACAAGAACGAGGAGCAGAUUGUGGCAACACUUAAGGGUCACACCAAGAAAGUCACCUCUGUCAUUUACCAUCCAUCUCAGUCUGUGGUCUUCUCAGCAUCUCCAGACACCACCAUCCGAGUGUGGUCUGUCACCGGUGGCAACUGUGUGCAGGUGGUGCGCGCCCACGAGGCAGGUGUCACCGGUCUGUCUCUUCAUGCUACUGGAGACUAUCUGCUCAGCUCCUCUGAGGAUCAGUACUGGGCUUUCUCUGAUAUCCAGACUGGUAGAGUCCUCACCAAAGUUACUGAUGAAAGUGCUGGCUGUGCUCUCACUUGUGCUCAGUUCCACCCUGAUGGUCUCAUUUUUGGCACUGGUACGGCCGACUCCCAAAUCAAGAUUUGGGAUCUGAAGGAGCGCACCAACGUGGCCAACUUCCCUGGCCACUCUGGACCUGUCACCUCUAUCGCUUUCUCAGAGAACGGAUACUAUCUGGCCACGGGUGCCCAGGAUAGCUCUCUGAAACUGUGGGAUCUGAGGAAACUGAAGAACUUCAAGACCAUCACUCUGGACAACAACUAUGAGGUGAAGUCCCUGGUGUUUGAUCAGAGUGGUACCUACCUGGCAGUAGGAGGGUCUGACAUCCGCGUCUACAUCUGCAAGCAGUGGUCGGAGGUCCUCAACUUCACAGACCAUUCAGGAUUGGUGACCGGAGUGGCCUUUGGAGAGAAUGCUCAGUUCCUGACCUCUGCAGGAAUGGAUAGAAGUCUCAAAUUUUACAGUUUGUAGAAAGGAAUACAUUCAGUAUGAGAGGAGUGUAGAAUGAUCUCUAUGUCUGAGCAGUCACCAUCCUGGCCGUCAUUUUUAGAAAAAAAAGAAAAAAAAAUCACUGCUAACUUUGCUUCUUUUAGUGUGUUAGUCCUCGUGUCCAGGGAAGAAAUCCAAUGAACCACAGCAGCAUGGUUAAUAUAACAUGUUUGUUGGCUUUGUACGUUUGAAAUCUAAACGAUGUGAUAUGAGCUGCAAUGCCAGUGUCAAGUUCCUGUCCUAUUUGCCAGAAAUUAUGAUUUUACUGUAGUAUCUUCUUUUUGUGUGUGUGUGGGUUGGGUUCAGAAGUUGUUUGUGAUACAUCUCUGAAAUGUACACAGUCAGAAACUAUAAUUGAUGAUGAUCUACUUUGCCUCUUAAUUUAGAGCAGCUUCAUGACAAUAUUUUAGGGUAAGAUUACAAUACAGCUGUAGUGAUGUAAAGUGGAAGAUGAGCAGGUGUAUGAGAUUCAUGUACUUCUGUGAAAAAUUUAGUCAUGUUUAACUUUCCCUUUGUUUCAUUUCCUGUUUUAUUUGUUCCACUUGACAUUUUUUUUUUUGCUUUUUUACAAUUGUAUAUUUCCCAUUACUUGCCGUUUUACCUGUUGCACCUCUGCCCUUUUACAAUAAAAUAAAAUAUCUUUUGUAUUGCCAUACAAGCACCAGUAA